AUGCGCAUGCUGCAAGGCUGGCCGGGGCGGCCGGCGCCGCGGCCACCAUCGCUGCGGCGGAUCCUUGUCGUGCCUCUCCUAAUCAAAAACCCUACAUCCGCCGGCGAGCAAGGGGAAGUCGUCCACGACAGCGAUGUGGUCGAGCGAAAGGAGAUCGCUGCAGAACCCGCGGUAGGAGUAAUGACGACGCGGGCGCGCAGCCGCCGCAUCGCCGCCCUCGCUCUUGCCCUUCCGGAGGAGAUCCUGGUGUGGGAGAUAUUUGUUCGCCUUCCGGCCAAGGAUAUUUUCCGGUGCCGCGCGGUCUGCCGAGCCUGGCGCGGCCUCGCCUCCGCCGCUGAUUUCCUCCUUGCUCACCACCAGCGACUGCCGUCGCUUCCUUUGCUCACGCUCUACGGCUCAACAAGUAUGGAGGUCGGUUUGCCGGUCUUGGGGCGCAGUUGUCCUGUCCUUGGGUUUGAUGACUACUCUUUGAAGAUACACGCCUCCUGUGACGGCCUCCUCCUCCUUUCCCUCCAUGGCCGCGGUUUCAACAUAUGUAACCCGGCCACACGUCAAACCGCUCCAAUCCCAUGCAUCUCCGCAGCCGGCCACAUCAACAUUGCCGCUAUGUACCUGCAUUGUCCAUCUUGGGAGUAUCGCAUCCUGUACCGGGAGGGCAGACACUACAGCAUCCUUACGGUGCAGCCGGGGAGCUUGCCUAGGUGCAUUGGAGUACCUUCAGAUAUCCCUAGCAGCGAGAAAGUUUUGUUGACCUUCCCCAAAACGACUCCUACUACGUUUGCCCCACCCAUCUUGUUCCACAGCUGUCUUCACUGGGACCCUGGUUGCUUUCGCAAGAAUGCCGACAUAGUUGUUUUUGACACGGUGGUUGAAUCAUUCAGCUUCAUGCAUAGUCCGGCUGGUGCUACUAGAUUCUGCACACGUUUAUGCGACAUGGAAGGUUCGAUGGGCUUCAGUUGCUUUGACGACAGGAAGACAACUGCUAAAAUUUGGGUGCUGGAGGACUAUGAGAGGAAGAGGAAUUUCGAUCUGAUCCAGGGAGUUUGA